GUUGAUGAAAAAUUAGUGCUUUAGUAGACAAUAGAAAUUUUAUAUUAAUAACGUUUCCGGCCUUUAUAGUGCGUUUGAUAAGUUAUUGCGAUUGCUUUAUUAAAUUGUACUUUUUUGGUCUCCAAAUUCAAUUCUGAGGGAGUGGGCCAUUUCAUAACGAAUUAUAAAUGGCUUUGCAUGGAAAUCAAGAAAAUUUAUCACCACAUAUAGUUCGGCAAGUUUACAAAGAGUUUACUUCACUUAAAAAUGAACCAGUGGAAGGGAUCCAAGUAACAAUAAAUGAAGAUGAUGUUUCAGAAAUACACGCAGUUAUAGAGGGACCACAAGGUACACCAUUUGCAGGUGGAAUAUUCAAGAUGAAACUUUGUCUAACAAGGGACUUUCCGGCUUCACCACCCAAAGGUUUUUUCCUAACAAAAAUAUUUCACCCAAAUGUUAGUUCAUCUGGAGAAAUAUGUGUCAACACUUUAAAACAAGACUGGAAUUCGAAGAUGGGGAUCAGAAAUGUAUUGUUGACUAUAAAAUGUCUCUUGAUUCACCCCAAUCCUGAAUCAGCUUUAAAUGAGGAGGCAGGAAGACUUUUGCUUGAGCAUUAUGCGGAUUAUGAGGAGAGAGCAAAACUAAUGACUGAGAUACACGCUCUGCCAUCCGGAUCACGAGCACAGAGAACAGAAGAGAAACCCUCAACCAGUGGACUCGGACAUCGUCAUAUGGAGUCUGGUGGAAAUGGCCCUGCUUCAAAAAAACAUGCAGCUGAAAAACUUAAUGAGAAAAAAAGAAAAGAAAAGAAGCGAGGCCUAAAGCGGCUGUAAACUAAAAAUAUUAUUCUUACAUUAGAAUGUCAUUUGCCUCAAUCUGUCAAAAACUUUUGCAUGUGUUUUGAGUACAAAUAAAAUUUGUGCUCAUACAUGCCAGCAUACAUUUAAUAGCAAAAAUUAUUGAACACCAUGUUUGCUCUUGACACAUCAGUCACAGUGUGAAAUAAACUACAUUUCCUUACUACUCUUCCCAUCUCUACUUCAUACUUUAUUAUUUACUCUGUAUUUUCUGUCCACUGCGGAUCUAAUGUUAACUGCAAUAUUCUAUACCAUUUGUAUGAUGUUGUGUAUUUGCUCUCAUGGAUUUUAGAAUUUCCUGUAAUUUUCCACUCUUUUUAGACAGUCAUAGUAUAUUUUCACAACCCAAUUGCAAGUUGUUUCCUUUAUUUUAUUAUAAAACAGAAUAGAGAAUACUAUGUGUUGCAGUGAUGUGGUCAGCUAAAUCUCAUCACUGGUGAUACUAGAAGGCACCAUUUCAUUCCUUCAGUUUGAAUGCACGUUCUAAGUUCUUGUGUUGAACAGACGCACUUCAUUGUAGAAAUACAAUUCCCGCAAAAAUA